UUUUGUUAAAUGGGAAAAGAAACCAUCAUUUUAUAGGCUUCUUCUCCCUCUUAUUCAAGUUUUGAUGAUGGUUUCUCCCUUCAUCAUUCAUUGUUUUGGUCCAUCGAUGAAAAUCCAUCUCAUCUCCACAUUUUUGUGCAAUACCCAUGUCUUCGUUUUUGAAUUUCACCAUGCAUUCCCUCAAAAUUCAAUCCACACCCCCACUUGAUCACACAGAAAGACCCCUUAUUUGCUUUUCUUAAUUUUGUUGUUCAUGAGAAAAGUCAUUGUAAUCACGAAUCAGGUUCGUUUUUAGCCUACUCCAACUAGUUUGGGACGAAAAGACUUGUUUUUUUUUUCUUUUGUUUUUCUUUUUGCAAUGGGUAUUUCUUGUUUCAACCCUUUUAGAUUCAAGAAAAAGGAGAAACCCAUUUCAUACCCAUCUUCUUCAUCAAAAUCCCCAUGGAAAACUGAGAUGGAAAACAUGGAGAGAAAAAGAUUUGACAGUCUUGAAUCAUGGUCAAUGAUUUUGGAUUCGGAAAACGUGGAGACAUGGGAAGUGGCUAAGGAAGAUCAAGAAGAAUGGACAGCUGAUCUUUCACAGCUAUUCAUUGGCAAUAAGUUUGCUUCUGGUGCUCAUAGUAGGAUUUACAGAGGGAUUUACAAGCAAAGAGCUGUGGCUGUGAAAAUGGUGAGGAUCCCAACUCAUAAAGAAGAAACAAGAAUCAUGCUUGAACAACAGUUCAAAUCAGAAGUUUCUUUGCUUUCUAGACUCUAUCAUCCCAACAUAGUGCAGUUCAUCGCAGCUUGUAAAAAGCCUCCAGUAUAUUGUAUCAUAAUGGAGUACAUGUCACAAGGGACACUAAGGAUGUACUUAAACAAGAAAGAACCAUACUCGCUCUCAACGGAGACUGUAUUGAGGCUUGCCCUAGACAUAUCAAGGGGAAUGGAGUACCUUCAUUCUCAAGGGGUAGUUCAUCGAGACCUAAAGUCAAACAACCUGCUCCUUAACGACGAAAUGAGAGUGAAGGUGGCUGAUUUUGGAACCUCGUGCCUUGAGACACAAACACAAGAAUCAAAAGGAAAUAUGGGGACUUAUCGUUGGAUGGCUCCUGAAAUGGUGAAAGAGAAAGCUUAUACUCGAAAAGUUGAUGUGUAUAGCUUUGGGAUCGUAUUAUGGGAGCUCAUAACUGCUUUGCUCCCGUUUCAAGGGAUGACUCCUGUACAAGCUGCAUUUGCAGUAGCUGAAAAGAAUGAACGACCACCACUCCCUGCAAGCUGCCAACCGGCCCUUGCACACCUGAUCAAGCGAUGUUGGGCAGCAGAACCAUCAAAGCGACCAGAUUUCACAGAGAUCGUUCAGGCUUUGGAGAAAUACGAUGAAUGUGUGAGGGAAGGGCUUCCACUCACUCUUCACUCCGGACUCAUCACCAAAAACAUGAUACUGGAUCGUUUGAAAUGUUGUGUGGCUAUGAGCUCAAAUUCGAUACCUGUACAUGCUUAAGUCGUUAAAAUGUUAAUCUUUUUUUUU